AUGAACGGUACAGAGGGACCGGCAUUCUACGUGCCUAUGUCCAAUGAGACUGGCGUUGUUAGGAGCCCGUACGAUUAUCCCCAGUACUACCUGGUGGCACCAUGGGCGUUUGGUUGCCUGGCCGCUUACAUGUUCUUCCUCAUUCUCACCGGCUUCCCCAUCAAUUUCCUCACUCUGUAUGUCACCCUCGAGCACAAGAAGCUGCGUACACCCCUCAACUACAGUCUGCUGAACCUCGCCGUUGCCGAUCUCUUCAUGGUGUUCGGUGGCUUCACCACAACGAUGUACACCUCGUUGCAUGGCUACUUCGUGUUCGGACGCCUCGGGUGCAACCUCGAAGGCUUCUUCGCGACCCUGGGUGGUGAAAUGGCGCUCUGGUCCAUUGUCACGCUGGCCAUUGAGAGGUGGCUCGUCGUCUGUAAGCCCAUCAGCAACUUCCGCUUCGGAGAGAACCACGCCAUCAUCGGCGUCAUCUUCACAUGGGUCAUGGCCUGCUCCUGCGCCGUGCCUCCCCUGCUCGGCUGGUCCCGUUACAUCCCCGAGGGCAUGCAGUGCUCGUGCGGAGUCGACUACUACACUCGUGCCGAGGGCUACAACAACGAGUCCUUCGUCAUCUACAUGUUCACUGUCCACGCCUGCAUUCCCUUCUGUGUCAUCUUCUUCUGCUACGGUCGUCUCGUCUGCGCCGUCAAAGAUGCCGCUGCCCAGCAGCAGGAGUCCGAGACCACGCAGAGGGCUGAGCGUGAGGUCACCCGCAUGGUCAUCCUCAUGGGCUUCGCCUACUUGGUUUGUUGGCUCCCCUAUGCCAGUACGGCCUGGUACAUCUUCACCCACAAGGGAGCCAAUUUUGGGCCUGUCCUCAUGACAGUACCAGCCUUCUUUGCCAAGACCUCUGCUGUCUACAACCCGGUCAUCUACAUCUGCAUGAACAAGCAGUUCCGUCACUGCAUGAUCACCACCCUGUGCUGCGGCAAGAACCCCUUCGAGGAUGAAGAGGGCGCCUCCACUACUGCGUCCAAGACCGAGGCUUCGUCCGUGUCUUCCAGCUCCGUGUCCCCGGCGUAA